AUGGCGGCCCCUACAUGGAGCCAAUCUGAAGAUGAGGGCGUCAGCAGCCAAGAUGAACAGGAGACAAACAGCAGAGAGCACUCUGAAGGUUCUGAGUCAGCACUCCACGAUGCCCUAUAUUUGAAAAUGACUGAACUGGUGGAGUUUCUACUCCCGAAGUAUCGUGAAAAGCAGCCAACUACUAAAGCAGAAAUGCUGAGUAAGGUCAUCAAAGAGUACGAAGAUCAAUUCCCUGAGAUCUUCAGCCUAGCCUCUGAGUUCAUGCAGCUCCUUUUUGGCAUCGAUGUGGAGGAAGUGGACCCCAGUUCCCACACCUAUGCCCUGGUCACCACUUUGGGGCUCACAUAUCAGCAGGUGCCCAACAGCGAUCCUGCUCGCUACCAGUUCCUGUGGGGCCCCAGGGCCCACGCUGAGACCACCAAGUUGAAAGUCCGUGAGACUUUUCUCAGGGAUUAUAGAAAGGAUCCCAGUUAUGUCCCAUACCUGUCUGAAGAAGCUACAAGUGAUGAGGAAGAGGGGGCCUGA